AUGGUCGUGCCUCGUGGCACGGCAACACCCGUACUAUUGAAAUGGUUCGUCAGUAGAGAUGUUCCCACAGGUACCCCUUCUUCUAAUGGUACUAUAAGUCCUAUUCCUAUGCCUUCAUUCCCUCUUUUGGUCUAUCUACAUUCCAGGAAAUUCAUACGCUCCACGGACGGAGCAAAAAGCGGAGUCUUGGGGGAUUUCUCAUAUUUAGAAUCUUUCUGCGGUGUGCUCCGUUUACUAUUCUUUCGUACUUUUUUCUCUUUACCACGCGAUAGGUCAGCGAAGCGUGAGCGGGCGCGGAGAAGGAAAGGCCAAAGACUUCAGCCUAACGGGAAUGAGCAAGGACGAAAUGACAAGAUGAAGCGCCCUGGGCACCCCCAUUUAGAAAGAAGGGCCGAAGUUUUUGGGCCUGUAGCUUUACCCGUCCCCCCUGAGUCGAGCGGUGCUUGUGUGGGGGGUGCACCGCCAGAAAUCGGGCUUGAAGCUCUCACCUUACCAACGAGCCGAUAG